AUGGAAGCACAAAUCAGAUCGGUGCGAGAGCAAAUUGAAAAUGUUCAACUGCUACUCAUCGCGGUCGAACGGCAGUCUGGGAAAAACGAAAUGGAACGUUUAAUAAAAAAUGCGAAUAAUAGUUUACUGUAAGUUUUUCAAACAUUUUCUACUUUUUAUUGCUUUUUUUCAGCAAAACCGAGACGAACAUGUACCGAUUGGAAUCACAGCUCAAUCGAGAACCAGCAACAGUUAGACAGACGGUUUUCUUCAAAGUGGAACAGCUGAAAAGUGAUAUUUACCUCAUCAAAAACUCUUUAAUGGGCAUGGAAAACAAACACGAUAAUCAGAGAAAACGUGCUCAAGAAAAGGAAGAGUUGUUGAAGAAAAGGUACUUUUUUUUUUGCUUUUUGUCGAAAUGCGUUAUAUUCUUCAGGUUCACAACAAACAAUGAAACGAGAGUGAACUUGGGUUUCGACGAAGAGCUCAAUACGAAUGAAAGAUUGAAAUUUUCGGAUAAUAUACUAGAUCAAAUGCUCGCUCAAGGAGCAAGUGUCUUUGAGGAUUUGCAAAAACAAAAGAGCAACUUACUGAGUAUUCGAAAACGGUUUCAUUUUCUAACAAAAUCAGUGAGUGGAAAUAAUCGAAAUAAUUUAAAGCAACUGUUCUUACAGCUAGGAAUUUCCUACACCACUAUUCAUCUCAUCGAGAAACGUGUGCGGGAGGACAAAAAGUUAUUCUUCAUUCUUGCUCUGUGCUGCUUGAUUUUCAUGUUCUUCUUUUACUAUUGGUGGCAACACUGA